UAAGCACACAAUCUUUUCUUCUUUCUACUUUCUUCUUCUCAUAUCUCUCUACCUAGCUAUGCCUAUUCCCCUCUCUUCCUAUCACUUUCUCUGAACCUUCUUUCCUUCUAUCUCAUAUAACAUAACACAUAAGAUACACAUAUAUAUAUAUAACUCAGUUCAUCAAACAAACCCAUAGAACAAGUUAGUUGCUUAUAUAAGGCUAAGGCUUAAUUUGAUGAUGAUGGAAGAGCCUGUUGUGGUUAACAAAGGAGAUGAGCCUUUGGAUUUGCCUCCAGGCUUCAGGUUCCACCCCACAGAUGAAGAGAUCAUCACUUGUUACCUCACAGAGAAAGUGUUGAAUAGAGGCUUCAGUGCAACCGCUAUUGGUGAAGCUGAUUUGAACAAGUGUGAGCCUUGGGACUUGCCAAAGAAGGCAAAGAUGGGUGAGAAAGAUUGGUAUUUCUUUUGCCAAAGGGAUAGGAAGUAUCCAACAGGCAUGAGGACCAAUAGAGCGACUCAAUCAGGGUAUUGGAAGGCCACUGGUAAAGACAAAGAGAUUUACAAAGGGAAGAGCAAUCUUGUGGGGAUGAAGAAGACCCUUGUGUUCUAUAGAGGAAGAGCUCCAAAGGGAGAAAAGACAAAUUGGGUUAUGCAUGAAUUCAGAUUGGAAGGCAAAUUCGCAUGCUACAACCUCCCCAAGGUUGCAAAGGAUGAAUGGGUUGUGUGCAAGGUUUUCCACAAGGCCAACAACACAGAUGCUAACAAAAGGAUCCCCAUUAGCCCUGGCCUUUUGAGAAUGAACUCAUUUGGAGAAGAUCUAUUUGAUUUCUCUUCACUCCCACCUCUUGUGGAUCCUCUCUUUGACCAAACCUCAAACAAGCACAUUGACAAUGAUUUCAAGGGUAAUACUAAUACUAUUACUAACACACCUUCAUCAUCAACUAAGCCACCACCAUCAGAAGGUUAUAACUACCAUCCCAACUUCUUCAUCAACAACAAUCAGCACAUGCUCAUGAUGAAGCCUGAAGAUCACAGAACCUAUGAGUUUCCCACCAACAACUAUGGUCAAAAUCCAAUGGGAAUAAGCAUGAGCACAAGCACAAGCACUAGCAAUACCCUUCAGAAUUCAACCUCACCCUUCAACAUGUUCCAAGAUCAUUACAUGCACCAAGGCAAGAACAACAGUUCCAACUUCAUUCCAGGGUUGGACAAACAGUGCAAGGUGGAGCAAUUCUCCAACACUAACACCAACCAGCCUGUGGUCAGUGCCUCUCAAGACACGUGCCUCAGCAAUGACAGAAACACUGACACUUCCUCGGUGGUUUCGAAGCAAGAUAUGGGAAGAAACAAAGCAUUGUACGAGGAUAAUCUUGAAGGCCCAUCAUCGGUUGCUGCACUAUCAGAUUUGGAAUGCCUGUGGGAUGAUUACUGAAGAACAAUUAAUUGAAAGACAUGAUCAAGAGAGAGAAGUUAAUUAAUUAAAGCAAGUUUGUCGAUUUAUAUGGUUUUUAUAUAGUUAAUUACUAUUACAUACCAAUAUAUAUUUCUGAUUUUAGACAGUCAUACAGAUAUAUGUUAUAUGUUAGACAUGAAAAAAGUUCUGGGGUACACGUAUACUGUAUAGGUUAUGAUUGAUUAGAUAAUCCAGGUCUUAUUACAAAGUUAGGUUUUCAUUUCGUAGAUCAAGGACAAGGAUUUGAUCAUGCUCAUGUACAUUUUUCUUUUGCAAUGUAUUAGUGGGUUUGUUUUAUUAAUUAAUUUCUUUAUUUUUUUUUUCUUCAGUUGCAUUUGUCUUAAUUCUCUAAAUUUUGCUUGUAAUGAAUCUAGUUGAAUACUUUCAAGUACUUAUUGUUCACUUAUUCUUGUUCAUAUUCCAAACAUGUUUAAUCGAUAUGUUUUCAUCCA